UUUUCUCCCCCGAUGCUCUAGUGUACAAAAGGAGUUUAUUCGUAUUUGUAUAGAAAAUUUUUUAGUGAGGAAAAUAUGGGACACGCGUAAUAUUUUUGAGAAGAAAAAAAACUAAAGAAAACACACUAUUUUCCACUCUGAAAUCAACUGAAGAAAGUCAAUCAGGAUUUGUCCAAAAAAUUCCAAAAAUGACGUUAUCACUGUGUUUUUGUCCCCUUGAUCGUGUAAAACUUUUGCGCUAAUGUUUCGUGUAUGGUUCUUGAGUGAGUUAUGGGAUAGCCAGAUAGUUUUGAAACACUCCUAGAUGGGAGCUAAACUAAACUAAAUUAAAAACCAAAUGGAAAAGAGGGAAAACUUAAAAAAAAAAAAACUUUUGGAGAACAAAGAUUUGUUUUCAAUAAUGGAAAUACUAAAUUUUAGUCAAUAUUGCAUUUCAUUUGAAAUAUUGGUUUGUCCAAUAUUUACAUGGAUUUGUAGCCUAAGAUAUUCACAUAAAUUCAGUACAAUUUUGAUUUUUUGUCUCAUUCUUCCCCAUUGAAUGUAAUGGUAAAAAUGGUAGGUUAGAAAUCCGGAUAAAUAUUGGACAAACCAAUACAUUCAUUUUGCGAGAAAUCCAACAAUUUUUUUUAUUCUUUUGUUUAAAAAUUGGCUGGAAAUUGCUUCUGAAACUACCCGCGUUUGCAAAAUGAUUUAAAUGUAAUAAAAAAAACACUGAUGACGUCAUUGGCUAGAUUUCUCAACAAAUCUUUGCCUGCUUAUUACAGCUGUUUUCACCGGAAGUCUCUGACGAUUUCUAAUUUGUUUUUCUUUUUGUUGUCUACAAGAUUACAAAUGUGUCGCAAUUUUCUUCUCUAAUAACUUUUCCUAUGUAGAGGCGAAUAAACUCCUUUUCUUUAAAAAAAAAAUUCAUAUUUUUUCCUUGAAAUAUUUUCUCGGGAAAUUCUUGCAAAUCUUAAAGUAAAUGAGAAAGAAGAAGAAAUGAAAUAAUUUGGCUGAUUUCCAUGGACAGAACUGCAGCUGGAUUUUUCAGCUCAACUAGAGGGGAAUGGCUUCAUUGAGCUGGACUAUUUCACAGUUGGACCCAAUAGUUCUGUGCAGCAUGAAACAGCACUUGCCGUCAUCUUCUCCACCACAGCACCCAAUGGCUUGCUCCUCUGGCAUGGUCAGAAGUCAACUGCUGCUGUCCCGCGGGGGGAUUUUGUUGCUCUGGCAGCAAAUGGUGGGUACUUGGAGUUUGUUUUUCGUCUCGACGGCCAAGAGGCGCGGAUCCGUAAUGGGGUGGUGCGCAUUGACGACGGACAACCGCAUGUGGCAAUUCUCAAGCGAGCUGCCAAUCAGGGCAGCUUAGAGUUGGACAACUACAUUGACUAUGGCGAAACACGUGCUAGUUCGCGUUCUAUGCACCUACCUGGACACAUUCACAUUGGGGGCAUUCCGAAGGCGUCAAAUCUCACCGGAGGACGCUACCGGGAAUCCUUUAGUGGGUGCAUUCACGUUGUUCAGGACAUCACACGUGGCCCCAUUAAUUUUGGUGUCUUUGCAGUGAAUGCUGAGAACGUUCACAGCUGUGCUCACCCUUCGUGGACUUCGUCAUCGUUGGUAUUUAGUGAAGUGGAAAAUCUUCUGAAUGGUGCUCUAGGUGGGGGUGCAUCCAGCGAUGUUUUCAACCACAAUUUUGAUGAAAUUAAUGAACCACCUCCAGUACACAUCAUCUACCCCCGACCCGCCAUCAAUAACAAUGGCGUUCCUAUGCUCAUAUCACACAUCACCCUCAUCCUGGCAAUGUUGACCAUUGCAAUGGGUACUCCAACGUGAAACAUCCAUCCCCCCCCCCCUAAUUAACCUCUUAGAUAGUAUAAAGUAACAAACAAACAAAAAUUGUAAAAAGUUUUCUAAGCUCGACUGCGAUAAGGAGUUGGAUGAUGAGGAUGCGUGUUUAGUUCAAUUCUGUGAGAUCUCUUUAGCAUUGAUUUUCUCAGUGCUCUCUUGUUCUGUCGUUAAUUUGAAAUUUUAGCAUUCUCUAAAAUUUCCGUAGAGAAUUUUCAUAUUAAGAAAAAAUCAUACACAUUUUUUAUUACUUGUGUAAGCCAAAUGUAUAAAAAUAAGGUUCAAAUAAAAAAAA